GCAAAGACAACCCCAUGAAAGUCUCAAUUUUAGUGGGAAAAAUUUCUUCUUUUUGAUCCAUCAAUUACUUUGUUUGUAACUAAUCAGAGCAAAUAACUCGUUUUGGAAAACGACUGCUCUGCAAAGCCUUAAAACCGUUACCUUCUAAUCCCCUUUUUUUCUUUUCUUUCUUUGUCCCCAGAAAUGGCAGCCACAAGGCUCUUCUUCCAUGGAGUUUGUGUAGCACACCAAAAAUAUCUUUGACAUUAAGUAAACCCCAUUUCAGCCUUUUAUCAUAAUACCACUUAUGAACAGUGUCUACUGCUAAAGGCUCAGAGUUUUUGGGUUGAUUUUGUUGCUAUUCAGUCGUGUGCUUCUCUGAGCUGAGAUUCUCUUUGAUAUAUUCUUCCUUUUUUCCCCAAAACCCAUUUGGGGUUUUUUCUUUUUUGGCUAUGAUGUUAAGUUGGGGAAGAAAUGGAAACGACACAUGGGUUUUCUUCUUCUUGUGUUCAUGUGGGUGUUUUGAGGUUUUGAACAGUGAUUAUGAAAGAUCUUCCAUGUUUAACUAGUGAAGUACAACUUUGGUUUGAAUUUUGGGUGAAUUUGUACCAGAGGGAGUUGGUGGUCUUGUAAUUUUCAAGGCUAUUUUUAUUUCUUUUCCUUUUGAGGUGAACUCCUGCCGAUUCAUUCUGUUUCUGUAAUGGAGUCUUGGAGUUAUGUUUCUGAAGGAAAGGGAUGUAUGUCUGAUGAAAUGAAUUCACCUACUAGUUCACUUGCAAGGAAUAAAGAUUCUUUGUUGGGCUGGGAAUUCAAACAUCCUUGCAGCUUUAGUAGCACUAUGUUACCAACGAGUCAACAGGUUGAUAAUCAAGGUUUUGGGGAACUUGUUUUCCCUGAAAUGAUUGGGAAACAAUUACCCGACAAUUCAGUUUGUGAUAUUUUGAGUAGCAAGGUUGUUGGUGGAAGAUUUCUGAAUCCAGCUAUGAAUUCCUCCAUUGCAUUUCUGGGGGAGGAUGAAUCCACUUCAAAGCUUUCUAGCUCUAUUGUGGAUUCUAGCAGCCGAGAUUUGUUUAUCGAUUUAAAGCUGGGGAGAUUUGCUGACCAAAGGGAUAUUCAUGGUUACAAAUUUUUUAAGGGAGCCCCCAUUCUCUCAUCAUCUGAAUCGUCGAUGCCUUCAAAACGGGUACGAGCUUCCGGUUUGAAUUCCCAAACUUAUUUCUGCCAAGUCUAUGGCUGUAAUAAGGAUCUCAGCUCCUGUAAAGAUUACCACAAGAGGCAUAAAGUUUGUGAAGUUCACUCAAAAACUGCAAAAGUUAUUGUGAAUGGUAUAGAACAAAGAUUUUGUCAGCAAUGUAGCAGGUUUCAUUUGCUAGCUGAAUUUGAUGAUGGUAAGCGCAGCUGUCGUAAACGUCUUGCAGGUCAUAAUGAACGUCGGAGAAAGCCUCAAGUGGCUAUAAAUUCUGGCAGGACUGGAAGGUUUCUUCAGUCAUAUAAUGGUAGCAGGCUUCAAGGAACGGCAUUAACAGCAACGUCCUUUAUCUGCCAAGAGAUAUUACCAAAUGGUCUCUUGCAUCCAGAGAAAUAUGGAACAAGUGAUUGGUGUAGGACUGUGAAAAUUGAAGACAAGAAUGAAUAUAUGCCUUUGUCUGCUGUUCAUGUUCCUAGUGGCCACUUGCAUUCAAAAUCCCUAUUCUCUCCCUAUGAUAUUGAAACUCAAGUUCCCCCUUUCCAUGACAAUGGACCGAAUGCAUCUGCCACAAAUAUGUUCAAAGAGAACAGUAAUCAAUAUCCUCUUAGUGUAGGAGGUGUGAAUUCCAAUUCUCGUUCUUACUUUCACAACCCCUCAUUAGGCAGUGAAUACUUCAAUGUUUAUAGUGCAGCAUCAACCGACCGACUAUCAGGAUUAUCCGACUCCGGUUGUGCUCUCUCUCUUCUGUCAUCUCAAACACAAAACUCCUCAACUCAUUCAUCAGGGAUUCCCAUUGGUCGUCCUUUGGUUUUACUUGAUGGCCAAAAUCAUUACAGCAUGAGUCAACUUUCUGAAAAGCUCAUGGGAGUAAGCUCCCAGGUUUCUGUCAGUGGUGUGUCCAAUAAAUUCAGUUCAUCAGGGUUGAAUACUUCGGAAGGUUGUACCCUUGGUCCCAUCCCAACACCUGAAACAAGUGAUGCAGUAAAUUUUGAAAUUUCAAAUCGGAUUUUCCACGGAUCAAAUUUGGCAGAUCCUGGUGAAGGUAGCCCCACCAUUGACUUGUUGCAACUUUCAUCACAACUCCAGCGCGUUGAGCACCAGAGGCAAGCUAUGCAGGUGAAGCAAGAAAGUAAUGCUUUCUGCUGUCUCCGGAUCACUUAAAUUUUAUGAAAAACAGAUCCUUAAGCAGCACUGACUCAGAUGGUUUUGACAACUGAUUCAUAUUGGAAAAAGGUGACGCUAGAGGACAAAGCUUGUGCUGACUGGACAAUGCAAAUGGAUUUUGAUGCACAGCUGCUGCUUGGUAGGAUGAGAAGAAUUUCAAAAUAAAGUAGCAUAAUUUGUUGAACUAACUUUGUUCCCAUAAACAAUUUAUACGUUGGUACAAUUCUUGGACCAUUCUUGAAGUAUUCUAUAAUUGACUUGUAAAAUUGUCUGUGCAUUCUUCUCUACCAUCCAUUUAAGGAUGUUUUCUACUUGUAUCUUAGAUAUCUGGGAUUAUUCCUUAUUUGAUGCAGUAUUUUUUUAUGAAUUACUUUUGUAAAA